CUAGGCAUUCAGCCCUAGAGUUAGACCCAUAACCUUGGCAAUCGAAAUUAGGCUAGAGAACUAUGCAGACAUUAGCCCAGGACUCUGCUCCUUCCACGUCUAAGGAUGAAUCCCUGGCUAACCUCACGUCAGUUCGGAUCUCCCCAGGUUUACUUUUAUGUCUACGCAUUAGAGCGCCGGAGUUUUGCGUGCUGGCUGCUUGUAAAUAAAUAGACAACAAUUAGGGGAACCUAUGACAACAACACCUGGAUAAUGGAAAGGUGCGUGGCAAGCGGUGCAAGUUGGCUUCAUGUGGAUACAAAAAUAUAUCCAUUGCCGAGGGCAAAGGAUUAGGUCUGGAAAGGGAAUGCACAAAUGCGCGUCGGAAUGCCUCCCCCAGUGGCCAUUAAAUUAAUCAAGUCAAAUGAAAUCUGCAUAUAAAAUCAGCGUUAUAGGCCCCCACCAUUCGCUCAUUGUUGGCGUGUUGAAUUUGCAUUUUUCCCCGGCGCCCCACUAAUAAAUUUGUAUGUCAAUAGAAAAAGGCAGGCAGCCAGAACCCAAGGGGCUGCUCCACCAAAAAUAUAUCCUGGCAGCGCUUUGAACUGCGCAAGGACACAUUCUGUUUAUGCGCCCCGAGAAGUUUACGAGCGGCCACGCUCCGCCAGGCCAAGUUGGCGUAUCAAAACAAAUUCUAAGUAUUGUAAUUCGAAAUUUUUCAAAGCAAAUAAAAGCAGUCGAGUUUUAACACUCGCGCCAAACACAACGCAGUGCAGAGAGCUGGCGUCGUAGCUCCAACGAAAUAUUUCAAAAAACUCAAUUAAAUACAAAACAAAAAUAUAUAAAAAAUAUAAGAAAAUAUAAAACAUAUUAUUAAGCCAUUUUGUCACAGCAGAAGUGGGUGGUUACUUACACCCCUAGGUAAAUUGCCUAUCCCUCUAUUCCCGUGUUAAAGCCAAAGUGCAAAGUGCAUUAGCCUUCUCAGACUGUACGUGGCCAAGUUAUUGCCCUCUGGCCAGGAAAAUCGAUACAAUUGCAUGGCGCUUGUUUUGUUUUAUGGCCAACUGCAACUGCAACAAUUGAUAGUCUUUGGACUGUGUGAUAAAAAUCGCUACUGCAGUGGCGCGCGAAUUCAAUUGCCAAAGGACCAAGUUUUGUUAACCAUAUUUCACCGAGGGUGAAUCUAAUUGAAAUGCAACCCCCGGGUUUAGGAAACUUUGGUGCUUGCACCUGUGCAACUGUUGACUUUGCAACCCCAUCCCACUUGGCUGAUAAUCAAUUUGGCCCAGACCAUUUGGCCACAAAUGGCAGUUGAGUUGAGCGUUGUUGUGCGGUUGACAUGAACAUUGUGUGGAAUUUCGGUUUAUGUCAGCCGCGGGUAAAUCACAAAUCAUUGUGGCCCUAAUUUGCAGUUGCUGUUUCUGCCAGGCCUCCUUUAUUUUUUACUAUUAUAUAUAUUUUUUUUUUUGCUACUGCCAGGAAGUUGGCGAUUCCGACUCUGAGUCGGCACAAGUUGCAGUUGCCUCUUUAGUUGCCAGUCGGAUGUGGCACGUGCUGAGGUCACAGCUCCUCCAGUUUAAAGGAUCCCUCGUCGUCCUGUGCAAUUUUAUCGAUUCGCCCGUCAAAUGUAACACACAAAAAAAAAAAAAAAAUCACAGGAACUUAAUGCAAAAGUUUUCGGUUUUUUCUCCGCAUUAAGUUAAUUGCCAGGCAGUGCCGAGAACCAGUCUGUAUAGAGUCGUAUAUAGACAUAGUCCCCGAUCCAAAUUCGAAUAGUAACCCACUCAGAUAUGAGUGAUACCGAUGCGGUGAGUUUUGCUUGAAGUACCCAUAUAUAUCCAUUUAUAUUUUGGAGCUGCACUUAGCGCACACCGAUUCGCCCAUGCACAAAUGAUUUACGAGCAUAAUUUGCAUAGGGAAUGAUCCAGGUUAAUGGUUGUAUUAUUCCGCCGACCUUGCACAUACAUCAUUGUCAGUGGAUGGAACCCUUUGCGCAACAAAUCAAACAGCGAUUUCUUGUGGCCCGUCGAUUUGGGCCUUAGAACUGCCAAAACUUUUGUUGAAUCAAUAAGCCACAAAAACAAUUUGGGUCACGUUACAGCUGGCAACCGAAUUUCAUGACAAAAUUCCCUAAUGGUAACCAAAGACCGCCGCCCGAACGCCAAAUACCCAAACAUCCUUAUAGCCAUAUAGCCAUACAUAUAGCCAAGUAGCCAAGUAGAGAAUACCAAAACAAUAAAAUGUAAACAAAUGCAGAAAGAGCCAUCAAAUUUGAAAGCACCCACUCAAUGUGAACUAUAUUGAUACGUCUGUUCCGAUACACGAGCCGUAGCUCCACCAUUGGCACUUGGCACCCCCACAGUUGGCAGAAGUAAAAGUAAGCCCACAACGAUAUAUGGCCAUACAUAUGCAAAUGAUAUGGGCCAGUCUGCCGGGGCAGAGGAGCAUGUGGGUGUAUAUCGGUGGCAUUGGCCACCAAAAAGCGGCUCCGCCACAUAUUGGGUUACCAGACACUUGCACAUUUCUGCACCGACACCGCAGGCGAGAAGUUCUAGUCCUUCGCUAGGAUGUACGGCACGGGAAAGGAUCGCUCCGGCCAGGAGGUUUCUCCACAGGAUUACCCAGUGCAGCAGCAGCAGCGUGCUCAGUCCAAGUCAGAGUAUGUCAUGGAUUCCGCAUCUGUAGAUCGUCCUCAGCAGCAGUUGAGACCGCAAUCCACGCAGGAUUAUGUGCCCUAUGAGUCCUCCGAUUCAUCUGUGGAACGAAAGAAAGAACAGCCAAGAGCUCAGUUAAACACAGAUUAUAACAAUAGCAACAGCACUUCGGAUAGUGCCUCCUACGGCUCCGAUUCAGUUUCCAAACAGCAGAUCCGAUCUCAGCCGAAUCCAGAGUACCAGAGCAAUGUAGGACCUGCCUAUGAGGCACCUAGAGAUGAGCGCGGUCAACUGCAGCCACAGAGAUCCCAGCCAGCUGCCGAUUACUCCGCAUAUGAACGGCAGCAACGCCCGCCGCCAACGACAAUAGAUUACACCACCGGCUAUAAUGCACCACCCAAAGAUCGCACCACCCUGUCACGCAGCAACUCGCGACCCACCCUCUCACCCAAUCCCAAGCUCCAAAGUAUACCCAAUUCCGAGUAUGUGCGACCACCACAGAACUUUGUCUUGCCACCGCAGAUGCGUCCCGCCGUGGGGCCACCACAGCCGCGUCCUCCGUUCGCCGGAGCCAGGCCGAUGGUCGGAAUGGGACCACGUCCACCCAUGCCGCCGAACAUGGCGGCUAGGCCACCACCACUGCGCAGCACAGACAGCAAGAGCAACCUGCUAAUGGGUCCACCGAUGCGACCGGGCAUGCCACCGCAACUCAACAUGCAGCAGGCUCGUCUGCCCAAUGCCGGCGGGCAGCUUAGUCCGCCGGGCCAGGGACCACCAAGGCCACCAGGCGGAUUUCCCUGGAAUCCAGCCGGGGCACCGGGAAUGCCGCCUGGAGCACGUCCGCCCCAGAAUAUGACGCGACCGCCGCCACCCACUUUUGCACGCCCGCCGCCGGGUCAGCCGCUGCAGGCGCCCUUCAAUCGACCGCCCUUCAACCAGCCGCCCAUGCAACCGCAACAGCAACAACAACAACCACCACAACAGCUGCAGCAGCAGCAGCAACACAUGCAACAGCAACAGCAGCAGCAACUACGCCCACUUUCGGCAGCCAGUGCACACAACAACAACGAUGACGACGACGACGUGGUCAUGGGUCCCGCGGUGACCCCGCUCAAGACCUUCAACCCGAGGCCCGAUCCCAUGGGCGAGCCCCUACUGGAGGACAUCGAGCCGCCCUUCCAGACGAGCCCCCCAGCCGGAGAAUCCAAAAAGGGGCCCGGCUUCAAGGGUGACAAUGACAGCGGCGUUGAUGAGUCCACUCAGGAGAAGGAUCGCAACGGACCCAACUCGCCCAGUUCGCCCGUGAAAACGCCCACAUCGACCUCAUCGAAGCCGGACAAGUCGGGCACGUCGCGUCCACCGAGUGCCACGCCCUCGAACAAGUCAGCCCCCAAGUCGCGCAGCGCCUCCAAGAACCGCUUGCUCCUCAAGACCCCAGAGCCCGAGCCAGUCAAGAAAGUUCCAAUGAACAAGGUACAAGUCGGACAUGCGCCUUCACCCAAUCUGAAGGCGGUGCGCUCCAAGAUCGGAUCCCUGGACAAUGCCACCUAUAAGCCGGGUGGCGGCCACGUGAAAAUCGAGUCCAAGAAGAUCGACAUCAAGGCGGCACCGCGCAUCGAGGCCAAGAACGACAAGUACAUGCCAAAGGGCGGCGAGAAGAAGAUAGUUACAACAAAGUUGCAGUGGAACGCCAAGUCCAAAAUUGGUUCGCUGGAGAAUGCCGCCCACAAGCCGGGAGGCGGGGACAAGAAGAUCGAGACCCUGAAGAUGGACUUCAAGGACAAGGCCAAGCCGAAGGUGGGCUCGACGGCCAAUGUGAAGCAUCAGCCGGGUGGCGGAGACAUCAAGGAUAACAACCCGAAGGAUAUCCAAACGCAAAAACUAGAAAUUAAGGCACAAAGCAAAGUUGGCUCUUUGGAUAAUGUAAAGCACAAGCCCGGUGGCGGUGAGAAGAAGAUUUUCGAUGAUAAGGAUUAUUUGAAAAAUGUUGAACACUCUGUUGCACUGACAACACCACCAACACAGUUUGCGGCACAAGGGCGCUUGAUUGCCACGAUCCAUCUAGAAUUCGGUCUCUGUAACUCAGACUGUAGUCCACUACCAUCCAUGACGGCUUCUGGCGCUGAUGAAAAUUUAAAUCAACAAAGCUAAAUGCCGAAAUGCCCGAAAUGCAUGUCGAGCUGUAUCUGAAAAACUGAAUCUGAAACUGACUCUUUCUUUGCAAGCUAAGAUCGAAAGUGAAAUACGAGCAGCUAAUUUGAAACGUACUAUCUAAGCAAAAUCCACACAAUGCAAAACGAGAGUUAUGCGAUAAUUCCCACACACCCAGACAAUUCACAAGCCAGUAAUGCGAUCAGAUCAAUUCGAUAGAGGUGCAAGCACGCAAUGAGAUGCAGAUACUCGUACAUCUACACCACCACCCCACAUAGAAGCGGUAUUUGGUAUACAAUCGAAGUAUAUUUGACUAGUUGAGCAAUGCACUCUUUAUCAUCAGAUAGCAGACAUGAAUUAUAUAUCUCAAUGUAUUACCAGAACUUCAUAUAUACAUACAAAUCUAUAUAUAUAUACAUAUAUAAAUAAAAGUAUCUAAAUAUUUAAGCAAAUUAUACAAGAAUCGUACGAAUAAAGUGUAUGCUUAGUUGAAAAUGUUACCACUUGACGUCUAAAUGUUAAACGACUAAGAUAAUGCAACCAUUUAGAUACUUUUGCGACCAGUGAAAACCAAAACCAAAACCAACAGAACCGAUACGAAACCAAACAAAACGAACCGAACCGAACAGAAGAGAUAAUACCACGUAUAAGCAUAUUUUUACUAUUAAUUUGUAUCUUAUUAGUCAAGCGCAUCAUUCUCACGAUUUAUUUACACCCUGUUACAAAAUGUAAGAACAAUGGCAAAAUUUAAGCAAAUAAACAAACAAAAAAAACGUUUUUUCAUUUACCAAA